AUGGCGGCUCUAAGCUACUACUCAAACUGGGACACAUUUCAACCUUCUGAAAUGAUGAACACAGAUACUAGUUUCUUAGCUCAACAAGAAACAAAUCUUUUUCCUGAUCAGUUCUUUGAUUACGACAGCUUCGACGAAUUAUUCCCCGAUUCUUCUUACUCCAACGAAAUCGAUCAUCUCUUCCAACCCAAUGACAUACUUUACUCCCAAAACUACAAUAAUAAUAAUAAUAAUAAUAAUAAUAUCCCUAACCAGCUUCCUUACAAUAAUAAUAAUAAUAAUCUGCUAACUCCACUACCUGAUUAUACUCUCCACACUCCACUCGUCGAAUUCGACCCCUUUCAAGACCUUAAACGCCAAAAGCUCUUCGAUACUUACAACUUCCCACUUCACUCCGAUCAGCUAAUUAACCCUAGUUUACUUCAACAUAAUUUCCAGCCGGAAUUUGUACUGCCAGAGUUUGUGGCGGCACCGCCAGUUUACAGCGGUGGAAGUUACGCAGAGACUGUAACGAAACCGCCACCUGCAGCGAGCGGUGGUGGGAGCUUGUCGGCGCAGAGUGCCUCGGCCAGGCAGAGGAGGAGGAAGAUAACGGAGAAGACACAUGAGCUUGGGAAGUUGGUUCCAGGUGGACAGAAAAUGAACACCGCUGAAAUGUUGCAGUCUGCUUAUAAGUAUAUUAAGUUCUUGCAGGCUGAAGUUGGAAUUCUUGAUUCCAUGGGCUCAUACAAUCAUCAGGUAUAUAUUAUUUAUUUUAAUCCAGAAUUCAGAAUUAGUUUAGGAAAUGGAGAUCAGUCUGAAUUAUUGCAUGGUCUUAUUACAUCUCCAUUGAUUCAAGAGAAGCUGUAUUCGGCUGAAAAAUGUCUGGUUCCGGAGAAAUUUGUGCAAGCACUAGCCAAUGAUGAUGAUACUACAUUGGAGUCAAAACCUCAGCUUCGUAAGGAAAUCAAUGAAUUAAGGAUAAUUGAUUUAUCAAACUAA